AUGGCGUUCGGCGGUUUGCUGGAGGGUUUCCUGGCCGAGAAAAACUUCGACGAACCACGUCAUCGUCGCCAUCUCCGUAUGGAGAUUGCUACUCGGCGAAGCCUUACGGAAACCGGAAAUGAAAAACUCCUCAUGAAAAAGCUGAGCACCGUCAGCGCUCCGAUACCAAAGUAUUCGUGGACACUCGUUUCUCGAGGUAAGUUACGUUUUCAUUAA